UUUGGCUGUCUAAACCGCGCCUCUCGCUCUCUUAUGAAAACCGCACCUCUUCCCACUCUUUCUGAAACACACGUCUACCUUCUGUUUUGGGCUAAAACUGCCCUCUCUUUCUGCUAAAACCUCUCUCUUUCCCUCUCUUUCUCUCUCCUCUUAUUGCGUUGGAAAGUAGGAAAUGGCUAUGAAUUUGUCACUCCCUAUAAACAAAACAACGAAGCUUCUGCUACCUCCAUGUUCCUUGCUCCAUGGCGGAAGGAGCAGAAGAAAUGCCAUGCGUGUUUGUGCUUCUUUUGACCCUCUGAGGAGCAGAAUAUUCCCUAGAGACGCUUCUUCUUCCUCUAUUGGGAAACAACCAGUUGGCAUUGAACCAAGAGCUCGCUUCUCCGCUAGUCGAACACAGACUGUUAAAGUUCGUCAGCUCCGGCGCCCUCUUGCUGAUUACAUGAGCCUCCCGGCUAGCCAGUACUCAGUGUUGGAUGCAGAGAGAAUCGAGCGUGUCGAUGACAAUACCUUUCGUUGCUAUGUAUAUCGAUUCAAGUUCUUUGCGUUUGAAGUUUGCCCUGUUCUUCUGGUUCGAGUUGAGGAGGAGCCCAAAGGGUGCUGCAUUCGCCUACUCUCUUGCAAGCUUGAAGGUUCCCCUUUUGUGGUUGCACAGAAUGAAAAAUUCUCAGCUUCUAUGGUGAAUAAAAUUUCCUGCAGUACUAGUAACGGCAACUCAUCAGUUGAACAACUUAAAUCGGAGACAACUAUAGAGGUUGUCAUCGAGAUACCAUUUGCUUUUCGAGCAAUACCAGAGGAAUUGAUUGAAUCAACGGGAAAUCGAGUUCUAGAACAGUUGCUUGGGAUCAUGCUUCCACGAUUCAUGGCUCAGGUUCUGCAGAUAAAUGAAUCAAGGUUUGGGCAAAGAGAAAAGGGGCCAAAAAACGACAAGCUUGUGGCCAUGCUAGAAAGACGCAGAUCCAUCAACCGGCCUUGAGCAUAGAUGCCUCGGUGCUUUACUAUGGUUCAGGUGAUAGGUUAAAUUUGGUUUGGGAAAGAGGAGAGUGCUCAAGACAUGACCUAGCUGUCGCCUGAUGGGUCAUAAUUCCUUACAGAGACUGGACCCUACACAGAAAGAGAGGCUGCAACCGAGAGAGAGGGAGGAGGGGGGGCGGCUUGGGGGAAAGAGACUGCAAACCUGUCCUAAUUAAUUCCUUAGAGAGAGACUAUAACCUAGAAUGAGAGUGCAAUCCACAGAGAGUCUGUUAUUCUGGUGGAUGUCUCUUUAACCCUAUCCUCUGACAUCUUCGAGCGACCCUAUAAACCUGAAAUUUAUGCAAAUCACAUCAAAUUCUACACCUCUCCCUCUCUUGCUUUCACUGAAUUCCCCAAUUUUACAAUUGUCUCUCUUUUCAUUCUUUUGCAACUCCUUAUGUCUGCAGUUUCUGCCCCUGGCUCCACCCCAUGGCUUACACAUAAUUCCCAACUAGAACCUCCUGAACCACCACCAAUUUUACCAGAUAUGGAACCAGAUGAACCCCAAAAGGACCCUGAACCUUCCAUAUCAGAACAUCAACCAGGACAAGAAGAAAAAGUAGAGCUAACCCUGCUAUCCCCUCUCAAAACUGACAAUACUCUAGACCUUCUCUCUCUAUAUUACCUAAUGGAUUUUUAGACAGAGAGAGGUUUUAGAGAGAGGAGAUUGUGAGAGAGGGAUGUGAACAUUUGAGAGAGGUGAAGAUCUUCUCAGAUAAAGGAAAAGAAAUGAUGUAUGUUCAUUGAAUUUCAGUGUCUGGUGAAAAUUUCGGUGAGUUUCAAUUGAGAGCUCCACAUCAGGAAAAAGUGGCAGCCAACAAUCCUCAUCCACAUAUCGAUGUUAAUGUAGUUUAUGAAAGUCUACCACAUGACCAUUGGCAUUUUAAAAGAAAAUGUCGGCUCAUUUCCCUUUACAACAAUGCUUAUGGGUGGAUAUUGACGUGGUUUUUUUUAGUACUUUUUACCUGUUUAUUGCCUGGAUUUAAUAUUUAUUCCAUCCAAUUAUUUGAUGAUCU